CGUGAGCAAAACACAUAAUCAAAGAAUUUCAACACAUCAUCAGUUUACAUGGUGCAGUUUUCUCCAAUAAUUUUUACUAAAAACUAUUAGAAAUUUAGGCUGAAAAUGAUUCACAGUUUGUUCAUCGUCAACCCGAGUGGCGAUGUAUUUCUCGAAAAGCACUGGCGCAGCGUUGUAUCCCGGACAUGUGUGUCCUACUUCUUGGAUGUGCAGCGAGAGUCCCCCAAUGACGUUCCACCGGUAAUAUCAACACCGCACCACUACUUGGUGUCCAUCCAACGGGGUGGUGUUUCACUAGUGGCAGCAUGUAAGCAGGAAUGUCCACCGCUAUUUGUCAUCGAGUUCCUGCACCGGGUAGUGGACACUUUUGAGGAUUAUUUCUCCGAGUGUACGGAAAGUAUCAUCAAGGAGAACUACGUGGUCGUUUACGAGCUGUUGGACGAAAUGUUGGACAAUGGAUUCCCUCUGGCCACGGAAAGUAACAUCCUGAAGGAAUUGAUCAAACCGCCGAAUAUUCUGCGCACCAUCGCCAACUCGGUGACGGGAAAAUCGAACGUAAGCGGCACUCUGCCCACAGGCCAGCUUUCGUCAAUUCCUUGGAGAAGAACCGGCGUCAAGUAUACCAACAACGAGGCAUAUUUUGACGUUGUGGAAGAAGUGGACGCAAUAAUAGACAAAAAUGGACAAACUAUUUUCGCUGAAAUUCAAGGCUAUGUUGAUUGUUGCAUCAAGCUAAGUGGAAUGCCCGAUCUAACUCUAUCGUUUAUGAAUCCAAGACUGUUUGACGAUGUUUCCUUCCACCCAUGCGUCCGCUUUAAACGCUGGGAAUCGGAAAGGAUUCUUUCCUUUAUCCCACCGGACGGGAACUUCCGGCUUAUGUCCUACCAUGUGGGUUCUCAAAGUGUUGUGGCUAUUCCGAUAUACGUUCGGCACAAUCUGAGCCUCAAACCGGGCGAACAGGGCCGAAUGGAUAUCACGGUCGGACCGAAAACUACCAUGGGUCGCAUCGUUGAAGGUGUCAAGCUGGAAAUCCGAAUGCCUAAAUCGGUACUGACCUGUGCUCUUCUAGCCAGCCAGGGCAAAUAUACAUUCGAUCCGGUGACCAAGGUGCUACAUUGGGACGUCGGUCGGAUCGAUGUUACUAAGCUUCCGAACAUUCGGGGCACGGUUUCGGUGGCCACGGGAUGCUCGGCCCUGGAAACCAGUAUCGAUAGAGUUCACUUCACCAUCUCCCAGCUGGCCGUAUCCGGACUCAAGGUGAAUCGGCUGGAUAUGUACGGUGAAAAGUACAAACCCUUCAAGGGUGUCAAGUACGUGACCAAGGCCGGAAAGUUCCAGAUACGUAUGUGAAACACGUAAUGCAAUCUUCCAUGCAGGUAAUCUCUGAAAUUAUUUACUUAUAUUGUAUUUUGCUUCACCGCUUAGAAGACUAUUAUGCGUUAAAUUAUUUGUCUUUUUCGCAAAACGAUCAGAAGACUCAUCAUUCCAUGAACAAAGGAAUAA